ACAUAGGUAUGCAAUGAUUACGUCAUCUUCUGACAACUGACUGCCGUUAUCAAGAUGGCGCUGAGGCCGGGAUCAGCUGGAGGCGGCAGUUUCAUGUAUCCUGUCGGAGGAGGCUUGGGACUGCCACAGGGCAUGGUGCCUAUGCAGCAGCAGCAGCAGCAGCAGCAGCAGCAGGCCUUCCCAGUGGUGCAGGUCAUGCAGCCAAAUAUGCAAAGCAUGAUGGGAAUGAACUAUGGAGGUCAAAUUCCUCCAGGAGCCAUGCCCAUGCAGGGAGGAAUGGCAAUUGGGAUGCAAACCCCCGGGAUGCCGUUCUUGGGUCAACCCCAGUUUAUGGGUAUGAGACCUGCUGGACCCCAGUACACUGCAGACAUACAGAAACAAAUGGCAGAGGAGCACCAGAAGCGUCUAGAGCAGCAGCAGAAGAUGUUGGAAGAGGACAGGAAAAGGAGACAGUUUGAGGAACAGAAACAGAAGCUAAGGCUGCUCAGUAGCGUCAAACCCAAGACAGGGGAGAAGAGUCGGGACGACGCCUUGGAGGCUAUAAAGGGGAACCUGGAUGGUUUCAGCAGAGACGCCAAGAUGCACCCCACGCCGUCGUCACAGAGCAAGAAGCCAGACUCAUCAUCAUCGUCAUCAUCCCACUCGUCUGUCACCACUACCUCCCUUCCCUCAUCUCUCUCAGCGGCCAAUGAUGAAUUUAGCGACUUUCAGGGGCCUCUAGACACCCCAGCAUCUUUUCCCCCUUCUUCCUCCUCCUCCUCGACCAUCCAUGAUCGCUUCACUCUGGCCUCCUCGUCCUCCUCGCUCUCCUCCCACAUGACGGGUUUUUCCAGGGAGGAUGAGGAGUUUAGUGACUUUGUUCAGGGUCCGGUAAAUUCCACUCCCUUCCAGCCUUCCACCCUCCCUUCCUUUGUGUCCCUUCCCACUGCCACGCAGCCCUCUGCUGUCAACACCAGCUCCCAAUCUGCGUUUCAAGCUGGUGUUGGUGUGUAUCCACAACAAGAGCACAUCCAGUCCAUGCUGCCAUCUUGGCUUUACAAUGACAGUCUCAUCCCAGAAAUGUUCAAGAAGGUUCUAGAGUUCACCAUGACUGCAGGAGGAAUUGACACCGGCAAGCUCUACCCGCUCCUCAUGUCGUCGGGUCUUCCCAGAGAAGCCUUGGGGCAAAUCUGGGCGUCUGCCAACCGCACAACACCUGGUAUGCUGACCAAGGAGGAGCUCUACACUGUGCUGGCAUUAAUUGCUGUUGCACAGAGUGGCCUGCCUGCGAUGAAUAUGGACAUCCUGAGUCAGUUCCCAUCUCCACCCAUGCCCAAUCUCCCAGCCCUCUCUGUGGCCAUGACCCCCGUCAUGCCUCAGCACCAGCAGCCCAUCAUGACCCAUCCGCCUGUCUCCAUGGCCAUGCCCAUCAAGACCACGACAGUGAUGGCCAUGCCACCGGCGGUUCCCGUUCCUGCUACAGCACCCACCAACACCAACUUCAUUGCCACUUUCCCACCUGUUCAGGGGACAAAAGUUGAUGACGAUGACUUCCAGGACUUCCAGGAGGCCCCAAAGGCUGGCGUGGGAGACCAGGCAUUCACUGACUUCCACGGGGAGUCGAGUGCAAGUUUCCCCGUCAGCAUGGCAUUGCAGCAUCAAAACAGUGCACCUUCCAUGUUGACUCCACUAUCUGGAUCCUCCUCUGCCUCCUCUGACAAGUAUGCCGUCUUCAAACAGCUGUCUGUGGACCAGCCGGCAGAAGCUACAGCUCCUACUUCAGAUGGCGGAGACAAAUACAGCGUGUUUAGACAACUAGAGCCACCUGCUGACAAGAAACCACUAGGUGAAGGAUUUACGGAUUUCAAGUCUGUCAGGACUGAUGACGGCUUCACAGACUUUAAAACCGCCGACAGCGUCUCUCCACUAGACCCUUCAGAACCGGCCAAGAUCUUUCAGCCUGGCUUCCCUUCUGCUUUCCCCAACGCUCUAUUGCUACAACAACUCCCACAACAGCCGUCAGCCAUUUCGCUUUCUCAAGCCAAAAACUCACUUAACAUGGCCGAUCUGGACCUUUUCUCCCCAGUCACAUCCUCUGUCCAGCCGGCUGUUGAUACACAGACAAUCGUCUUCCCCUCUGCGCCAGUACACCCCUCUCUGGUGGUCCUCCCUGGUGGAGCCAAGCCGCCUGGGGGAGGAGCUGACGACUUUGGUGACUUUGCCCUCUUUGGCUCCUCCUCUGAUCCCACUCAACCUCCAGCAGCAGCAGGAGGAGUGGCGGCUGCGUCACAGGACGACUUUGCUGACUUCAUGGCAUUUGGGAGCUCUGGAGGGGAGCCCAAAGGUGAGAGCAGUGCAGGGGUCCAAGGUGAGACGGUGAGACGGUCUCAGCAGAGCUCAGACAAGUACGACGUGUUCAAACAGCUGUCUCUUGAAGGCGGCCUGGCCUAUGAUGACACAAAGGAGAGUGGCGGUGGCUCCUUCUCAUCCCUCAAAAGUGACACUGACGACUUUGCCGACUUCCAGUCUUCAAAAUUCUGCACAGCGCUCGGCGCCUCAGAGAAGACCCUGGUGGACAAGGUGGCCACUUUUAAACAGGGCAAGGAGGACUGCAUAUCUGUCAAGUCCCUCGACCUCCCAUCCAUCGGGGGGAGCAGCAUGGGAAAGGAUGAUUCUGAGGACGCACUCUCAGUACAGCUGGACAUGAAGCUCACCGACAUAGGCGGAGACUUGAAGCAUGUGAUGUCAGACAGCUCGCUGGAUUUGCCGGGUCUCUCGUCCCACCAGCCCCCUGCUACAGAAGGAGACGACAUGAAAUUUGACCCCUUUGGGACUUCAGCCCUCAGCAGCCUGGCCACUUACGACUGGUUGGACCGUGAGGAAUGUGUCACCGUUGACGUCCAAAAGUCUCAGGGGCUCGAUGGUGAAGGCCCUCCACCUUUAGCCCUAAAACAAAAAUUGGAGCUGAAUUCUGAUAGCAGCGCAAACAUCUUGACCACCUCUCCAGCCAAGACCAACUUCCACACAGACGAUGCCGCAUUUUCCGAAGACAAGUUUGAACCCUUUUCUGACUUUAGCACCAAGGACCAAAAGGGUAGCGGCAUUGAUGAUGAGGAUGACUUUGGGGAUUUUGCCACCACAGCAUCGGAGAAAUCAGACUCUCCUCCUGCUGUUAUUGAGGCCGGUUCCGAGGCCAAUCAAAGUGAAACCUCUGAUGAGUUUGGAGCCUUUCAGGGAGACAAGCCAAAGUUUGGCAAGUCUGACUUCCUGAAAGCCAGCGCUCAGCCCAAAGUCAAAUCUAGUGAGGAGAUGAUCAAGAAUGAGCUGGCUACAUUUGACUUGUCUGUCCAAGGUUCCCACAAACGCAGUCACAGUUUGGGCGAGAAGGAGAUUGGGCCUCCCACGUCUUUAGCUCAAGAGCAACCCUUCAGAGACCGAUCUAGCACCCUGAGCGAGAAGCCCACCUUACCUGUUAUCCGGGACAAGUACAAGGACCUGACUGGGGAGGUGGAGGAGAGUGAGCGCUACGCUUAUGAGUGGCAAAGGUGUCUGGAAAGUGCUCUGGAGGUAAUCUCCAAAGCUAACAAUACACUGAAUGGCAUUAGCAGCUCCUCCGUCUGCACAGAGGUCAUCCAGUCUGCUCAGGGCAUGGAGUAUCUGCUGGGUGUGGUGGAGGUGUACCGUGUGACAAGACGUGUGGAGCUGGGCAUCAAGGCGACAGCAGUAUGCUCUGAGAAGCUACAACAGCUCUUGAAGGACGUCAGCCGUGUGUGGAACAACCUCAUGGGCUUCAUGUCGCUGGCCAAGCUCGCGCCUGAUGAAAGUUCUCUGGAUUUCACCUCAUGCAUUCUGAGGCACGGCAUCAAGAAUGCCAAGGAGCUAGCAUGUGGGGUAUGCUUGCUCAACGUUGACUCUCGCAGCAAGAGUAAAGAGGAAAGCACACUUGGACGCCUUUUUAAGCGAGCUUUGACUCCAGAAAGUGUCAGGAGGUCAAGGGCGUUCAACUCUGAGACGGACAACUUCAAGCUGCUGUAUGGUGGCCACCAGUACCACGCCAGCUGUGCCAAUUUUUGGAUAAACUGCGUGGAGCCUAAACCGCCGGGCCUCAUCCUGCCCGACUUGCUCUGACCUUUUGACUCACCGUGUCAUGUAUUUAUUUUGUCACAAACUGUGGAGCACACUAAAUGAUAACGGCGGCUGGAUCAUAUUUAAUUCAAUAUAAAAUGUGCUUUUAAGUAAGUAUUAAGGGAAAACUUAAAGUCUUCCCUUGUUUGCGUCACAAGCUUGUUGAAUGUGUCAAUCAGCUCCGAUUUCUCUGCGGCUGUUAUGGUUUUAAUGUCACUUUUGAAUAUUUUUAACUCUCACUUCUUAGCUGGAAGGCAGAUUUUAUUUUUAUUUAAAGACGUGUUUUGAAUGUCUCUUGCCUCAGUAGGGUAUUUAAAUCAUGUACAUUUUAGGCUUUUAAAAGGCAUCAAUGUUUGGUUUUGGGGCAAAUUUGGUGAAAAUGCAAUGUGUGAUGGUGUGAUGGUGAGUGAUAACUAGUGUAAAUGUAAAUAAAUGAGUACACCUGUUUGAA